AAGAGGAGGUUGUGGGGAUUACAGAGGAAGGUAUAAAAGCGAAGAGCAGACGGCACAUCUUCACAAACUCAAGCAGAAGAAAGAAGCAGCUCUGAGCUGAGAUCGGCAGCGGCCUCUUGGGAUAUCUGUCAGUGCAGAGACCCUCCUCAGAAAUGAACGCCAGCCCCCCUGCAGGAAGCGCCCUGGCCCCCGGUGGAACCACUGGCCCCACUACACCCAAGAAGGGACCACCCAAGUUCAAGCAGAGGCAGACUCGUACAUUCAAGAGCAAAGCCCCCAAGCCAGGCCAGAAGGGCUUUGGUGACGAUAUCCCUGGCAUGGAGGGUCUUGGCACGGACAUCACAGUGGUGUGCCCAUGGGAAGCCUUCGGCGACAUGGAGCUCAGCGACUUGGCCAAAUACGGGAUCAUUUAAACCUGCUGCCUUCCUUUCCUGCCUGCACCUGUCCUCCGUCUAAUCCUCUCUGCCUCCCUGCCUUCUCUCCAUCCCUGCUGGGCACGUCACGAUAAGGCUGCCGGCAACCCCCCCCCCCCCCCCCCCACCCCACUAAUGUCCUCUCGUCUAUCUACCUCAUGCUCCCCUCCGCUGAGUGGACGGAGAGCAUAAUGAUUUUAUUUUUAUAUUAUUAUUAUGAUAUGAUACUAUAUAUACUUGAAAUGAGAAGACGAGAAAAACAACUCCUCUUUCCUUAUUCCCUUCCCCUUCAUCCUUCUACAACAGUUUUCUCCUCCUCACUUCUCCUCCUUCCUCAUUUCAGUCUGCCCUCUCCCCCUCUCCCCCUCUCCCCCUCUGCCACUCCUAACCCACGGCAACGGACAAGCAAAACACUAGUUAAUACUAGCUUGUAUUUGCUUCUAGCUGUCUAUAUAAAUGUAAAUAUUUUGUUCUCAGCGUUGAACCUUUUUAACCUUUUUAUCUUACCUUUUGUACUUCCUUCCUCUUUUAUUUUGCAUUGUAUUUCUUACUCCUUGUGCACAAGGUUACUGUGAACAACAAGGGAUGCAGGAAGAGAGAGCAAUAUGCUGUAAUGGUGAAAAAUACAAUGCACCUUCACAUGAUCACGGAGGAGGAACUCCCUUUAAUCCCACUCUCCAUCUCUCUGUCUCUCCUUGCUGCUAUCUGAACCCACGUCCCUCCUUAGAGAAAAUAAAGGCAUAUACUGUAUGUUUUGUGUUGCAAGCGCAAUAACACAGAAAAUGUACUGUAACCUGGCGUGUCCUGGUAGCCCUAGUAAAAUGUGUUCACUUUCAGUAA